GUCUCCAUGACAACCAGAGACGCUGCGCCGCCUGCAGAGGAGCAAAAUGUCAUCAAAAAGGACCUCAGCCACCUCCCAGAAGAGAGUAAAGUCCAGCAAGGCGGAGAGGCUGAGGCUGCGAAAAGAGGAGGAAGAGCGAAAGCAGAGGGAGGAAGAGGAAGCUCGAUUACUGGCAGAGCAGCUUGAGGCCGCUCGCCUUGAGAAGGAGCGCCUGGAGAAGGAAGAGAUUCAGCGUCUGGAGGCGAAGCAACUGGAGCACCGUGAUGAGGAACUGGGUGAACAUCGUCUGCUGAUUGAUGAGAAGCUGGGGACCGCAGCUCGCUGGAAGAGGGACCUGCGUGCACGAGCUAAGUGGGAUCGCUACAUGCUCUGUGACGGGAGUCCGGAUCCCACCAUACGCCAGGAGAUCAACACCUUCAUGAGCCUGUGGAGUGAAGAGACCAAUGAAGACUUCCAGUCAGUGAUUAACAAGAGCAAUUUGGUCCUCAGUUUGAUUGAAGAGUUGGAGUUCCUCCUUCAUGACACUCCUGCUGAGGAUCUUCCUGAGAGUGAUGCCGCACAGUAUGCCCAGACAGUCCUUCAGCUGCAGAGUCUACUACAUCGGAAAUUUGAUGAUGCCACCGAGCAUCUCCUGAAGAAUGCAGCAGCGCUGUCCGACAUUGACACGGGGAAUAUGCAGAAGGUCACAAAGAAUAAAAAUGUCAAACUUUGCAUUUGGGCUAAUCUCAACAAAAACCCAAGGUUCAAAGGUUACAACUUUGAGCAAGAAGGCAUCUCCUUUGACUUGCCAAAACCGCUAGCACUAAGCAACAUCGCGGUCCAUAUCCUGCACACCAUCUACGACCACAUGUCCUGCCAGAGCGAGACUUUCCUGCCGCACAUCAAGGAGGCUGAGGAAAACAAAGCAGCAGAGACCAUUGAACUACAAAGCGGGGCUGAGGAAUGGAAACCAGCUGAGGAGGAAAAGGAGAACCUAGAGCUGGGAAAUGUUGCUGCAAUGGAGGAUGAGGUGAAGUCUGAGGGAAGAAAGAGUGCCAUCAGCUUUAUGUCACCGAGAGAAGAUGCUGAAAACGGAAUUGAGCCACAGGAGAAGAAUGCCACUGAGGCUGACCAGACAGCAGAGAGCCAGCCUGGGGACACAACAGAAGGUCAGCCACCAUUGCCAGUACUGAGCCUGCCAACCCCGGACAACAUACUAGAGGAUGACGUUGUGGAUCUGCGGCAGUUCUCAAGUUUGGGUGGAGUUUAUUAUUUUGAUGUCCUGGUGUUGCCUCCUCAGUGUAAGCAGGUGAACGGCUGGAGCAUGGUGCAGUUGAUGGAAGGAGGUCUUCAGAAGCAGCCCUACCCUCAGGAGUCGUUACUCAGUAACAGCCUGGGACUGUCACUCCACGAGAAGGACAUGGAGGGGCUCAGCUCUCCCCCAGUUGGCAUUUCCAUUACAGUCCCAAAUUACGUGAUAUUCUUUGAAGAGCCUCAUGUGGCAAGAUGGGACCCAGAAAGUAAAAACUGGAAAACAGAUGUGAUCAUGAGCAGAAGCUACACCACGGAGCAGAGGCAGCUGUCCUUCAAGAUGGAUGCCUUCCAUACGUUCACGCUAAUCCAAGAAGCCUACCUUAAUAUGCCCUAUGAGUCAUGGGAACUGAAGCCCAGCGGCAUGAAUGAAGUGUCACUAACGGUCAGCUCUGCUUUCAUCGAUAUUCAUAUUGAGAUCAAGGACGAUCAGUGCAGACUGGCAGAAGUGUCCAGCACUGAUGGCGAUCUAUCUGCUCUACUCGGGAAGUGGAUGACCCCUCUGUGUCUGAAAGCCGCCAUGAAAAGAGUUGGACUGAACUUUUUUCCUGUCGAAGACUCUGCUAAAUAUGUCAUUGUGAACAAAAAGAGCGAACAAGCAGAGAUAACAGCGUACCAGGAGAUGGCACUUUUGUCGCCAUCCUUCGCAUUUGGCUGGAGUAAAUGGAACCAUAACUGUGGCCAUGAACAGAUCAUAGUCAAGGUGAGGGAAUGCCGCGACUCUUCCAACAACGAUGACUGGUCCCUUUACCUGUUGAGCACUCAGAGGAUCCAACGUUUAAAGAUCUCGGAAUCAGACGAUACAUUCUCUGAAGAUCUUUACGAUGGCAGUGAGUUCCACUCCACGCUCUAUCACAUGAUCAAAGAUUACUCCAGCUCCGACGCCAUCGAUAGACUGAAACACUCCCAUCACCUGUUUGUGGAUUGCGUCUACCAGCUGCUGAGUAUGACCAGAGUGCUGACAUAUUCAUAAACAAUAGAUUUCUUUAUUGACAAUAAAUAUCCGGCAGUAAAAACAGCGUGGUGCACUCCACGCCAGCAAAUCACACGUGACAGCCAUGUAACUUAACACGCCAUACCAUCUCCGAGUUAUUCUAUAUUACAUAUUAAUUAGGAAGCUGGCAGUCUCUUGUAGACAAUAUGACAUCUUUGUGGCCUCUGCUGGCUUAUAAUAAAAUACAAUAUAUACAGAUAAAUUAUUUUAAAGCAUGAUUGUCCAGAAUAUUGUACAU